AUGAUCUCAAGGAGAUCUUUCAGCUGUUUCCUGUUUGCUUUCGGCUUGUUGUACAGUGCUAAUUUGGUUUCUGCUGGAGAUAUAGUUCACCAUGAUGACUCGCUUCCACAGAGACCUGGUUGCAAUAACAAUUUCGUACUGGUUAAAGUCCCAACUCGAGUUAAUGGAUCAGAAUAUGUGGAGUAUGUUGGUGUUGGUGCUAGGUUUGGUCCAACCUUGGAAUCAAAGGAGAAACAUGCUACCCUCAUAAAACUUGCUAUUGCAGACCCUCCUGAUUGUUGCAGCACACCCAAAAAUAAGCUUACCGGAGAGGUCAUUCUUGUUCACCGUGGUAAAUGCAGUUUUACCACCAAAACAAAAGUAGCUGAAGCAGCUGGUGCCUCAGCCAUCAUUAUAAUAAACAACAGUACAGAUCUUUUCAAGAUGGUCUGCGAGAAGGGUGAAAACGUUUUAGAUAUAAAUAUUCCUGUUGUCAUGCUACCCGUUGAUGCUGGUAGAGAUCUGGAGGUUAUCGUCAGCAGUAACAGCACUGUUACUUUGCAGCUCUACUCGCCGAAACGUCCAGCAGUUGAUGUAGCUGAGGUCUUUCUAUGGCUUAUGGCUGUCGGUACAAUUUUAUGUGCUUCUUAUUGGUCUGCGUGGACCGUCAGGGAAGAAGCUAUUGAGCAAGACAAGCUGCUAAAGGAUGGAUCAGAUGAGCUUUUGCAGUUAUCGACCACCAGCUCUAGAGGGGUUGUUGAAAUCACUGUGAUAUCAGCAAUUUUGUUUGUAGUGGUUGCUUCUUGUUUCCUGAUCAUGCUCUACAAGCUUAUGUCAUUCUGGUUUAUAGAAGUGCUGGUGGUACUCUUUUGCAUAGGUGGUGUAGAGGGGCUGCAAACCUGUUUGGUUGCUUUACUCUCAUGUUUCAGAUGGUUCCGCCGCUUUGGAGAAUCAUAUAUCAAAGUUCCCUACCUGGGUGCUGUCUCAUACCUGACGCUCGCUGUUUGUCCCUUUUGCAUAACAUUUGCUGUUAUGUGGGCAGUUAAACGCCAAUUCUCCUUUGCUUGGAUAGGGCAAGAUAUACUUGGGAUUUCAUUGAUAAUCACGGUUCUUCAAAUCGUCCGUGUACCAAAUCUUAAGGUCGGAUUUGUUCUUCUCAGUUGUGCCUUCAUGUAUGACAUCUUCUGGGUUUUUGUGUCAAAAUGGUGGUUCCGUGAAAGUGUGAUGAUUGUGGUAGCKCGUGGUGACAGAAGCGGAGAGGACGGCAUUCCAAUGCUACUAAAGAUCCCACGUAUGUUUGAUCCUUGGGGUGGCUACAGUAUCAUUGGAUUUGGUGAUAUCAUCUUACCGGGACUGCUUGUAGCUUUUGCACUGAGAUACGACUGGUUGGCGAACAAGAAGCUGAAGUCAGGAUACUUCCUUGGGGCAAUGUCUGCCUAUGGUCUAGGUCUUCUCAUAACUUACAUUGCUCUAAACUUGAUGGACGGACAUGGGCAACCGGCUUUGCUUUACAUCGUCCCAUUCAUACUUGGUACUUUGAUGGUGUUAGGUCACAAGAGAGGUGACCUGAAGACACUAUGGACAACAGGGGAACCCGAGAGGCCAUGUCCUCACGUUCGACUUCAACCUCAAACUUAA